AAGAAAGGUGAGAUCGAAGGAAUGAAGAUCCAGUGCGACGUUUGCGAGAAGGAAGAAGCGUCGUUUUUCUGCUCGGCCGACGAAGCCGCUCUUUGCAUAGGCUGUGACCACCAAGUUCACCAUGCUAACAAACUCGCCACCAAACACCUCCGUUUCUCCCUUCUCCAUCCUUCCUCUCCACAAUCGCAGCAAUGCGACAUUUGUCAGGAAAGACGGGCAUUGUUGUUUUGUAAGGAAGACAGGGCAAUUCUGUGCAGGGAUUGUGACUUGCGAAUGCACAAAGCUAAUGAACACACCCAAAAACACAACAGGUUUCUUUUGACGGGAGUGAAGCUGUCUUCUUUCGAUGUGCCCAACCAGCUGGCUUCUUCACCUUCCUGUGGAUCUGAAUCCAGUGCCGUCAGCUAUACAACUCAGACCACAAUCGCGGGAUCGGCUGCUUAUGAAACGUCAAAUCCGCAAGUAGUUGAGACGAGCCAAGAGGGAUUGGUUUCUGAUACGAGUAGCAUAUCGGAGUACUUGCUGGAGACUCUUCCCGGAUGGCACGUCCAAGAUUUUCUUGAUUAUCCCUCAUCCUCAACUACCUAUGACUUUUAGGUAAUUUGCGAACUGCAAACUAAGUUAAUUUCCAGUUACCUGAGGAUCGGAGACGGCUUGGUUGAUUAGAAGAUUUUCGUGGUUUUUUGUUUCUUAGCUUGUUUUUCCUACCCCAUUGUAGUAAUAACUUGUCAACCCAACUUUGGUCUGCAUUAACGUAAAGUUGUAUCGAGGCCAGUAAGUCAUGGUUUCCUCGUGGGAGAGAUUCGCAUUUAUU